UCGUGGAACAGUUAUGAUUUUGUGCUACGUAGAAUGAAAUCGCAUGGGAUUUAUGGAUUCUGGCGCUUCAGAGAGAAAUAAACGACGGAUGUUUGUGUGUAAAUGUUUCAAGUCUUCCAUGAUUUAAUCUAGGGGUUUAAUUUUCGCUGGUUCGACUUCCAUUGUGUUGCGAUUUCCAAGAUGGCCACCACUGCACCACCAGAAGAAACCGUGCCGGUCGGCAAUGAAACGGACACGUCUGUUAUCAUCACAGUUGCAGCUUGUAUUGGUGGGCUCUUUCUGAUCGUGAUCAUCAUCUUCAUCGCAUUUGUUAUAUACUUCUACAAGAGACAAAUGAGACACGACGAGCAAUUUGACAAGACAGUAAAUCAACUAAAAACUGGAGAGUUGAAUUGGAGCCCUCACGCACUCGGCCAGCAAUUCGGCGAUGUCAACGACAUAGAUGAGAUAUUAUGGAGGGAGGCAGGUCGAAAUGCCGAUGCGGCGACCAGCAAUCCUGCAUUCGGCAAAGAUUUUGAACCACUGGACGUUAAUACCCUAACAGGUUUCGACAGUUUGACAGACGACGCAGUCUCAACGCAAGAGACCGGCAGCACCAGUGACAUGGUGGAAAUCCCAAUGGAGGAGCCGCCGGUAGAAGAUGUCCAAGAUGAUGUCCAAGAUGAAAACGGAGAAGACUCCGAGACUCAAGAGAAGAAACAGAUCUCCAUCCUUGACAUGAAGACCUGGGGGCAACCAGGAUCGUCCCGUCAUAACUCCAUGCGUCGUGGGUUCACUUCCCCCUUUGCUCACAAACCCCCUCCUCCUGAAGAGGUACCGAGCGGUUCAGAUUAUGGGUAUGACCGGCCAUCAGGCUCGUUCAGGUCCCAGGAUGGUUCGACCUUCCCGGGCCCAAGCCCAUUCUCCGUCUCCAACCCGUCAAAUGAUCCCCGAUUCGUGUACACACGCAACAACCCACUCGUGGCUGAUGAUGAUAUGGACAGUGAAGAUGACACAGUGGACAUCCAUGGGUCAGAUAGUGGAUUCCCUUACUCCUCCGGCAACCCUACCUACGAAGCACCACGUGUUUUUCAAACCGCGCAAUCUUUUGGAACCCAGCGGGCUUUUGAGGCCCGGCAUUACGGCGGCCCGGAAGACGUAGACUUUAACCGGUCGAACACGCUGAGAAAUUCCCGCCGCAAUCAGUCCGUCGUGGACUCCUACGAAAGCGGGGAACGGAGGACCAGUAGCAGCUUUAAUCUAUCCCUCGAAGGCACUGGUGAUUCUGUAAGCAAGAAUCGUUUAUGGCUUAAGAAAAAAUUCGCCGGCGUUGGUGGCGGAUUAAACACAAACUAAAUUAGUUCCGUUGCACAAAGUGGAUGCCAGGACGAGGUCUGUUGAAGUCAGGAGGGCGCCCCACGAUGGAUCCACUCUGAAAGAACAAUACUGUAUUAACAAUAAGUGAGAGCAAUCAUGUUGUUAUACCUCGCGAGUUAAUAACUUUAAGGCUGGUGAAUCCAGCAAGUAUAUAUAUAUGAUAUACAUGUGGUUUGAUUUCGUACUGAGCUAACUUCUUGGAAAGCACCGUGUAGUGGUGGCAGUGGCAGUGCAUCCCGCCGCACUCGCCGUUUUAGAGUCGUAACAGCGUGCUGGUGGCCUUUUAUUGAAAGGUGAAAGCAUGAUUGUGUUAUAUCCUAUUAUGCAGUUUGCGAUUCUCCAAAAUAAUAGCCUAUCAUAUUCUUUGUUAUCCAGUCAUAAUGGUAUGAUGUAUAUUCAGUAAUCAGAAUACUCAGUAUAAUGGCAUAUAAACACCUUGAAUAUUAUCCGAAUUUAGGACCUGCUGGAUUUGCACGUUGAUCAACAUAGCAAGAUGUUUUAUGUCUGUAACUUAAUCUAUAUUCAGUAAUAUGCCGGUCUCGCGUACUUGUACAUCCUCGAUAUGUUAUGUACAUCAACUUAGUAUCUAAUCAUGUCGCUAAGUUAAUGUUCAAUUUAUUUAUUUCCGUAUCUUCCAAAGACGAACGUGGAUAUUUUAUACAGUCACAUUUUGUUUUUGGUCAAUCAGUUUCAUAGAGCGGUCCCAUUCGCCAAGUUUUACUUUAUCCUACACGAAGUUACACUUCAAGAUCAUUUCUAUAAAUACAUGUAUUUUGUAUCUUUCUGCAUCCUAAAAAAUGGUGUAUACAUCGGUAGUAUGGAAUAGAGUGGUACCAUUUGCACGACCACCCCGACUAAAACUGAUUCACUAACCCAAGACGGUGACCUAAGAAAUGUGCGUUUGAGACGGCAUACAAACCAAUCAAAAUCAACUCAUGAAACAUUGCCGAGUGUAUGAGCAGCAUUUUAAGUCUUUAGUGUUAUCUGUUUUUUGAUGUAAAAGGUUCAAGGCACGCAUGAUUUUAUUUUCAGUAAUACAUAUCCAUAUAAUUAUUCGUAUGUGUGGGUAACGUUUAAAAUCACAUGAAUUUUGAAAUUUGAAAGAUUUUGUCGUAUAUUUUGAAGUUUAAAAUCAUAGGUAAACACGAUAACGCAUCUACAAAAAUAAUAAUUGUAAUGUUCUUUUUCAAAACUUCAAAAUUCUUUACGGUACUUUACACCUAGUACAAAGAGUGCCAAAAAUGGCCCAAUUAUCCGAUCAAUUUGAGUCUUCUCUAAGGCUAAAAAGUGAUUAAACAUUCGAUAACUAUUGGUAAUUGUCAAAGACCAGUCUUCUCACUUGGUGUAUCUCAACAUAAUAUGCACUCAAAAACAAACCUG